AUGCCAACCAUUUUAUUGAGGAUUUUGCUUGCAUACAAUCUUCUUAACAGAAUUCUUCUUUGCCUAGUACCCAAAAAACUGAGAAUUUACCUCCCUUCUUCUUGGUAUCCCAAUCCCAAUAAUCUUCUUGAAGAACCCAUUACACCUUCUCCUCGAAAUCUCCGUCGAAUGGAUGCCGGUGAACUCAAAAGGGUUUUCGAAAUGUUCGAUCAAAACGGCGAUGGACGGAUCACCAAAAAGGAACUCAACGAUUCCUUAGAGAAAAUGGGUAUCUUCAUACCUGACAAGGAAUUGGCUCAAAUGAUCGAGAAAAUCGAUGUUAAUGCAGAUGGGUGUGUGGAUAUUGAUGAAUUUGAUGAAUUGUAUCAAAGGAUAAUGAACGAGAAGAAUGAGGAUGAAGAUAUGCUAGAUGCAUUCAAUGUGUUUGAUCAAAAUGGUGAUGGGUUUAUCACCGUUGAUGAACUGAAAUCGGUCUUGGCAUCACUUGGGCUUAAGCAAGGGAGAACUGCAGAGGAUUGUAAGAAUAUGAUCUUGAAGGUUGACGUGGAUGGUGAUGGUGCGGUGAAUUUUGCAGAGUUUAAGCAGAUGAUGAAAGGGGGUGGAUUUGCUGCAUCAAUUUGA